UAGGCUCCCUUGUUUCGAUCCGGCGGAGCGACUCGUCUCGUCUGCCCCCGCGUCGCGAUUCCCAUGCAGUCGUGCGGUGUCUCGCUCGCCGUCGCCGCCUGCGCCGCCGCCGCUCGGAGUCUCGGCUCUGUCUCUGGUGGUGAUGAGGAAAAGAAAAUGGCGGCGGGAAAAGCGAGUGAGACCGAGGAGGACUUUCCGACACUGACAGCCCAGGAGAGGGACGGCUUGGUCGGGAUUGACAGCUCGCUGUUUGGAUUUCAGAGGCUUCAUGAAGAUGGCGCCAGAACGAAGGCCCUGUUGAUAAAGGCUGUUCGCUGCUAUGAUUCGCUCAUCCUGAAAGCUGAGGGCAAAGUGGAGCCCGAGUUAUUCUGCCAGCUAGGCCACUUCAACCUCCUCCUGGAGGACUAUCCGAAAGCAUUAUCAGCAUACCAGAGGUACUACAGUUUACAGUCAGACUACUGGAAGAAUGCUGCCUUUCUAUACGGCCUAGGGAUGGUCUACUUCCACUAUAAUGCCUUUCAGUGGGCGAUCAAAGCCUUCCAGGAGGUGCUGUACAUCGACCCGGGCUUCUCCCGGGCCAAGGAGAUCCAUCUGCGCCUUGGUCUCAUGUUCAAGGUCAACACAGACUAUGAGUCAAGCCUAAAGCAUUUUCAGCUGGCUUUGAUUGACUCCAACCCCUGCACUUUGUCCAAAGCUGAAAUUCAAUUCCACAUCGCUCAUUUGUAUGAGAUUCAGAAGAGAUACCGGGCUGCCAAAGAGGCAUAUGAGAGCCUUCUGCAGACUGAGGAUCUCCCCGCACAGGUGAAGGCCACUACCCUGCAGCAGCUAGGCUGGAUGCAUCACACAGUGGAACAGCUCGGGGACAAAGCAAACAAGGACAGCUAUGCCAUCCAGUGUCUGCAGAAAUCUCUGGAGGCUGACCCCAACUCUGGACAGUCCUGGUACUUCCUUGGCAGGUGCUACUCUAGUAUUGGGAAGGUCCAGGAUGCCUUCAUCUCCUACCGGCAAUCCAUCGACAAAUCAGAGGCCAGCGCAGACACUUGGUGUUCCAUAGGGGUGCUCUACCAGCAGCAGAACCAGCCCAUGGAUGCGCUGCAGGCCUACAUCUGCGCCGUGCAGCUGGACCACAGCCACGCUGCCGCCUGGAUGGACCUGGGCACGCUCUACGAAUCCUGCAACCAGCCGCACGACGCCAUCAAGUGCUACAUCAACGCCACACGCAGCAAGGCUUGCACCAACGUCGCCGCGCUCACCCACCGCAUCAAAUGCCUGCAGGCUCAGUUGAGUAAUCCCCAGCUCAGUAGCCUACAGGGUAAAAGUAAAAUGCUCCCUCUUAUUGAGGAGGCAUGGAGUCUACCAAUCCCAGCUGAGCUCACUUCCAGACAGGGAGGCCUGAGCAGUGCACCGCAGCAGGCAUGUAAGCCCCACCAAAGCGCGGAGGGCGGGGGCUCGGGACAGUCUCUGCCCCCUCAUGUCGGCUCCCUGGGCCAGGCUGAGGACCAGUCCAGCCCCGCCAAGAGGAGAAGAGCCUCCAGCCCCACCAAGGGUGACUCAUGGGCCAGUAAUCCAGCACAGCAGCCAGUUCCCAACUGGUACCUCUCCUCACAGAAAUUACAGCUGCUGGAACAUUUGCGCAGUAACCGGGCCAGCCUGAAACCCGUGCAGCUUCAAAUGCUGGAGCAGCUGGAGGCGCAGCUCACCAUGAUGCAGCAGCACCAGCAGCAGAUGCGACAGAAUGCCUCAGGAGGACAGCCGCGCCCCUCGCUCCCCAACGGCCCCACCACCAACUCCCUGCCCUCUCCCCACCCAAGCCUUCACCCCUCCCGGCAUCAGCUGGGACCCCACCGGCCCCCUUGCCCGCCUCAACCACUGGCCAACGGGCCCAUGGGCCCUGGGCCACACGGACACUUGGACUCCCUCUCUGUGGGCAACAGCACCAGUAGUAGUAAUAGUAACAGAAUUAGUUGUAGUAGUAAUAAUAGUAGUAAUAAUCAGCCAGGGCCCAUGGCCACAGGACCCAAUGGAGAUGUGCCUUACCUGCAGCCUGCCGGCAGCGGCUACACCGCACUGCUACCUCACACCUGCACAAGUACGCAAACACAGGGAGCCACCCAGCGCCGGGCCCUGCACCUAAACUCCUCUCAGGGGCUUCAGAAGGGUUCUGCUCCGCAUGCGGCGGGCUCCAACGCCAACGGGUUGCUGUCUCACCCCCAGACGCCUGACGGCUCUGCCGCUGCCCCUCCCCACUCUCACAAUCAGGUCGGACAUUCCGCCAGUGCUGCGUCGCCACGGCAACAGGCUCCUAACCACCUCCCAUCCCCCCCUGCCCUGCCCCACUCCGCUACCUCAGGUGGAGCGACACCUGACGCGCCCCCUACCAAAGAUGGCAACACCACAACCGGCCCCAUCAAAGCCUCCGUGUCUCACGGCAAUGGGGGCUCUGAGGGCCAGACACCACCGCUGUUGUCAUCAGCCAACACCACAGGGGUGCAGCCAGAGAGCCUGGCCAAUCACAUCCACCUGGGAGAUGGCGGCAAAAUGGGCGAGGGUGGUGAGAAGCCGAGCCUUAGCGCAGACAAUCCCAGGCUAUCUGCCCUGCUGGCGGGGGGGAAGGGCCCCGGGGACGGCAACGGACAGUCGGAGGGAGCUGCGGCUGGAGCAUCGAACGCCCUUGAGCCCCACAAGAAGGUCAACAACAUCCACCCAGCCACCCUGCCCUCCACCCCCCACGCCCAGGGCAGCUCGGCUGCCUCUUCGCCCAUUUCUGCCAUAUCCACCGCCACGCCCUCGCCCAAAUCCUCAGAACACAUCCAAACAGGCGCCCACAGUCCCACGGUCUCCGCCACAGCCACAUCCACUGCACCUGCCGUGAACGGGAAUGGCAAAGGAAGCAUCUCUGAGGACUCGCGGAGUCCGAUGAAAGCCGAGCCGCCUACCACCACCACCAGUCUCAAAGCCACACCCCCACACGGGCAGAGCUCUUCAUCGUCAUCGUCGGUAUCCAUCUACCCAAGCUCCACAGAUGUGCUCAAGGCCUGCAGAAACCUGGGGAAGAAUGGCCUCUCCAACAGCAGCAUCCUCCUGGAUAAGUGUCCCCCACCACGCCUGCCCCCUCCACCUUCCCCGCCCCUCCCGAAGGACAAACUCAACCCGCCCACGCCCAGCAUCUAUCUGGAGAACAAGAGGGACGCUUUCUUCCCACCGCUUCACCAGUUCUGCACCAACCCCUCCAACCCCGUCACCGUCAUCCGAGGACUGGCCGGGGCGCUUAAACUGGACCUGGGUCUGUUCUCCACGAAGACGUUGGUGGAGGCCAACCCAGAGCACCUGGUGGAGGUGCGGACGCAGCUGUCCCAGCCUGCCGACGAGAACUGGGACCCAAGCGGCACCAAGAAAAUGUGGCGCUGCGAAAGUGCCCGUGCCCACACCACCAUUGCCAAAUACGCCCAGUAUCAGGCCGCUUCUUUCCAGGAGUCCCUACGGGAGGAGAAUGAGAAGAAGGCACUGAAGGAGCCCUCGGACACUGAGCCUGCGUCAGCAGAGAGUGCUGCACGUAAAAGAAGGGGUCCCUUAAAGCACAUUAAGUUUGGAACAAACAUCGAUGUGUCGGAUGAAAAGAAGUGGAAACAGCAGCUGCAGGAACUUAGUAAACUCCCAGCUUUUGCCCGUGUGGUAUCGGCUGGGAACUUGCUCAGCCAUGUGGGGCACACCAUCCUGGGCAUGAACACCGUUCAACUCUACAUGAAAGUCCCUGGCAGCAGAAUACCAGGUCACCAGGAACACAAUAACUUCUGUUCGGUCAACAUCAACAUCGGCCCGGGAGACUGCGAGUGGUUUGCUGUACCGGAGCCCUACUGGGGAGUGAUGAGCAACUUCUGUGAAAAGAACAACAUCAACUUCCUCAUGGGCUCGUGGUGGCCCAACCUGGAGGACCUGUACGAGGCCGAUGUCCCUGUGUACCGGUUCAUCCAGCGUCCGGGAGACCUGGUGUGGCUCAACACGGGCACCGUCCACUGGGUCCAAGCCAUCGGCUGGUGCAACAACAUCGCCUGGAACGUUGGACCUCUCACUGCCCACCAAUACAAGCUUGCCGUGGAACGCUACGAAUGGAACAAGCUCCAGAGCGUCAAGUCCAUGGUUCCCAUGGUGCACCUCUCCUGGAACAUGGCGCGCAACAUCAAAGUGUCUGACCACAAGCUGUUUGAAAUGAUCAAGUAUUGCUUGCUGCGGACGCUGAAGCAGUGCCAGUGGGUGAAGGAGUCCUUGGCGUCCGCCGGUAAGGAGACAGUGCUGAGGCCCAGGAGCAGAGACGAGCCAGCCCACUACUGCACCAUCUGCGAGGUGGAGGUGUUCAACCUGCUGUUUGUGCGCAGUGAGUUCCUGUCCAGCAAGCAGUACGUGGUCCACUGCCAGGACUGUGCCAGGAAGGGCAGCGCCACGCUGGACAACUUCGUAGUGCUGGAGCAACACAGAAUGGACGACCUCAUGCAGGUCUACGACCAGUUUACAUUAGCACCUCCUCUUCACUCAUCCUCAUCUUGACAUUAGACGACACCCUUUUCUUCUGCGGAGCGAUCGAGCCUAUUUACAGGAACUUGUAUUAACGACGAGACAAAACACACACACACACACACGUACUCCCAUACAUGGACCAUUUCUGAUAUUCAGGAAAGCCAAGGCCGUCUCCCCCACCGACGCCCAUAGCCCCUCCCGUAUGGCCGGUCUCCUAGCAACGGCCCGAGACCGCGGCGGCCAAGUGUCUGUCUAUGCAACCUGUUCAAAGUGCUGGGCCCGGCCCUCCCAGAGGGAGGUGCCACCGAGCGCUCUAACCCAAUACAGGACUCUCUCUCUCUCUUUCUCUCUCUCGCUCUCUCGUUCUCUCCUCUGCCCCCCCUCAAGUGACAAUGAUUCUGCCCUGUUUUAAUGGAGGACUUAAUCAAAAACAGUUGGGUGGGGGUGGGGGGGGUGGAGCGGGAUUAUUAAUGCGUGAUGAAAAUGUUUUGUAGAUAAUUAACUGUCAGAACUGGCAACAACACCCUGAAAAGACUACUGACUUGACAACCUAAUCCCCCUCUUCCCCUUCUUUCUUUUUAUUCUGUUAACAGGAUGAAUUGUUGGCUUCCGCUUGUUUUAUUGAAUUCUCCUCCCUCACCCCACCUCCUCCUCCCCCCCCUCCUCCCUUCCUAAAGGAGCACUAGCCUAACUGGUCUUUUUUUUUUUUUUUUUUCUAGGGUAGAUAGUAAUU